UAAAUAACUUUUUACCCUUUCUUUCUUGCAUAUGUUGUGGUAAUCAGAUGGAUAAUUCAGCCUCAAGAAGCUUACAACUCAAGUUCAUAAACAAGCUUACUCUUCCGAGUUUCACUAUGGAAAAUGUUAAAGGAGAGGACUCUUCUGUUCCAAGUAUAGCUUUAGUUGAUGUCCAGACUGAGCAAAUUGUUAAAUCAGGUCCCGAAUCCUCGAUGAAUUUGGAAAUGGUACUCCUUGAAGGACAUUUUAAAGGCAAUGACGACGGCAACUGGACAUCCAUACAGUUUAGCAAUCAUAUUGUAAGAGAAAGAGAAGGCAAGCGGCCACUUCUUAUUGGGGAUAUGUCUCUAACUAUGAAUGAGGGAAUUGCUGUGGCACAUGAGCUGAAAAUUACGGAUAAUUCAAGCUGGACACGGAGCCGUGCAUUUAGGUUAGCUGCAAGAGUUGGAGAUGGUUAUUUUGAUGGAAUGAGAGUAAAAGAAGCAAUCACCGAACCGUUCGUGGUCAAGGAGAAUCGUGGAAAAUCAUACCAGAAGAAGCAUCCCCCCUCAUUGGAUAAUGAAGUAUGGAGCUUGGAAGAAAUUGGUAGAGAUGGUAAUAUUCAUAAGCGUCUAAAGGGAGAGAACAUCAAUACUGUAAAGGACUUUCUGAUAAAGCUACAUACAGAUACUCCAAGGCUCCAAAAUAUCCUACGCUUCCGAAUCAAUGACAAGAGGUGGGAAGUUAUAAAGAACCAUGCAGAAGAAUGUGAUCUUGGUAGCGAAACGUAUGUCUAUUACUCCAAGGUCGAAUGGGGAAAGGGAGUUGUCUUCAACAUUGUGCGAGCAGUGAAAGGGUUCCUCUUCGAAGGGAGACUCAUUCCCAUCAACGACCUUCCAGAAAUCCAAAAGGUACAACAUUCUUCUUUCCCUUUCUCUUUCUUGGAGUUUCUUUUCCAUCUUCAAGUGACUACUUACAACAGUCAGAACCUUCAAGUUUCAUGGGACAAUAUGGGUAUGGAUGUGGAAUCAUAUGGCUCAACCUUACCUGAAUAUUUUAUAUUCAAGAACAUGUAGAAAUACAUUGACUACUAAGAAAGUACGAAAUCAGCAAGUAUUUCUAUUUAUUGUGCUUGGAACCCUAAAAAUACUUAGCAGCGGUUUUGUUGGGAUCAUUCAAGC